GGUUAAAAAGGGAUAGAAACAACGACCUUCUUUUCUACGACCUACGACAUCUACGCGGUUAUGUGCAUCCUCGAUGGCAAUACACAUCGUCGAAACACAAUGGCGGAUCUACACCACAAGUGACAUUCCCACCCGGUGCUGGCCACGACCGUUACGAGGAAACCUUCAAUGGCCCAGCAACUUAUGCAGAACCGUAUGUUGAACGUUAUGGGCUUAAAAGUGAGUUCAGUGGUCGAGAACCAUUACAUCCUACACCACCUCGGCCUGGUUACGUACCCACUUUAGGACAAACCCCACCAUCCAGCACGCAAGGAUCUGUAAUGAUGGUCUAUGGGUUACAACCGGACAAGGUCAACACAGAUAAAUUAUUCAAUUUAUUCUGUCUUUAUGGAAAUGUUACAAAGGUAAAGUUUUUAAAAACAAAAGAGGGAUGUGCCAUGAUACAAAUGGGCGACAGUAUAGCUGUGGAAAGAUGUCUACAAAACUUAAACAAUGUGACGAUUGGUACGGACGGUAGACUGCAACUUGGAUUUUCUAAACAAGCUUUUCUUUCGGACGUAACUAAUCCAUACAUAUUGCCAGACAAAACGGCUAGUUUUAAAGAUUUUACAGGAAGCAAAAACAACAGGUUUUUAAAUCCAGCGAUGGCCAAUAAGAACAGAAUACAGCCACCUUCAAAGAUAGUCCACUUUUUCAACACGCCACCAGAUUUAACGGAGGAAACGGUUAAUCGCGUUUUCGUUGAGCGUGGCAUCGAGGCACCAACGACAGUGAAAUUGUUUCCACUUAAAUCAGAACGAUCCUCUUCAGGCCUAAUCGAGUUCAGUAGCGUCGGUAUAGCAGUAGCUGCAAUUAUGGAAUGUAACCAUACAGCAUUAGAAAAUAGCAACGGCAAAUUUCCUUACAUCAUGAAGCUGUGCUUUUCUUCCUCUCGCACUAUACCCACCAGUUUCCCACCAAGCAGUGGCAGCGUUUCGAGCAAUUCUGCCGGAAAUGGCCACGUCAAAAUGCAGCAGGACUCGGAAUAGAACGGCGAGGUCCAGGGCCAGCAGCGUCAGCGCCAGCGCCAGCGCCCCUCUCUCGCCCUGCACCCGUUGUGUGCCCCCGUUGCGACGAGCACGGCCCUGCACCCAGCCACAGCGAUCACCCUAUCCCCGGUUUUGCCACCACCGCCGGUUCCUCCUCCUUUGCCACCUGCUUGUCUCCUAAUAGCAACACCAACCUUAUAUCCAACUGUACCACCUCCCCCACCACCUCCUCUGCCGACCUUCUGGCCCUACUGAGAAUCACUAAGGACGUCUCAGCUAGCUAGCUAGUUUACGGAAAUCUAAUCCGUGAUGUUCUCGUUCUUGGAAUCAUCAUCAUAGUCAUCUUCAUCAGCUCGUAAGAUGCCUACCCCUUCGGUAGUAGAAGCUUAUUAAGUUCGAUCGGGGACGAGAUCAAAGCGGAACUUCGGACAGUAGGAGAAAUAGGAGGAUGAACAGGAGGAUCAAGGGAUGACAAGAAGGAGGAGGAGGAGGAGAGACAGUGUGAAAAGAUCGGCGCGUGUCUACGGACGAACAAGGGGUAGCUGGUUGGUUGCAUCAUGAAAACAAACAAAAGGAUAACGAGCAGACGCGUGUGUGUGUGUACGUGCGUACUUGUUGAUACAUAAUCGGCGUACCGUAAAAGCCUCCUGUGUGUUGUUGAUGUCUCCUCGAAGCCACGUUUGUUGUAUUCUAUCGAUGAUACAUACAUAUAAAUAUGGAUAUACUUAUGAAUACAUAUAUGUAUAUAUAUAUAUUUAUAUAUGUAUCUUCUACUGAUGAAAAUGUGGCCAGCUAUACAGAAAAAUUACAAGAAAAAAAAGAAAGAAAGAAAGAGAAGAAAAAAGACGAAACGAAAUAAUCCGGGAGGCCUGCACGCGGACCAAAAACCAAAUUCAAUCCAAUUAAUUUUAUCUUUUUUUUUUUUUUGUCUUUUUCAUUUUAAUCUCAGUUUGAAAUUUUCCCACUAUUCCUUAUAUCAUUUCUCUUAUCAUCGCUCGCGAAUUACAUAUCAAAGAGGAAGCUAGGAGAUGUAAUAUAGGAUCGCGAGAAAUAAUGCGAAAAAAGACGCCGCGACGCUUCGUGUUGUUUAGGUUGUGCAGCGGCCCCUCACGAUGGAACGUUUUAUUCCUACGUUUCACAUCGAAGAGUUAACGCAACAUCAUCAACAACAACGACGACCAGAACAACAACAACAACAACAACAACGUCUACUACAAUAACAAGAUAUCUCGCACGCGUACUGUUUUAAUUCAUGACUCCUACACCAUCAUAACUAAUACCACACCACCGUCACCACACCACCACCACCACCACCACCACCACCACCACCACCACCACUACUACCACCACCACACCACCACCAAUCAACUCCUAUCCAUCGCCCACCGAAAGUUAACUGAUUUUGCUGCUGAAUAAUCGUUCCUCAAUGACCGUUACAAAAUAUUUAUGGGAUCCAAUAAGUCCGAGAUUAAUUUCUCCCCCCCCGUUGACCACUGUGUAACAAUGGGAUACAAUUAUUAAAUUGAACGUUUGAAAAAAGAAGGAAGUAAAGAAUAAGAAAUGUACGGAUAAUAUAAAAGAUAGGAAAAAAAGAAAGUGAGAGAAAGAAAAAAUGAGAAAAAGAAAGAAAAAGUGCAUAUGAGUGUGCGUGUGCAUUAGCAAGUUGAUUGAUUGAUCGAAUGAGUGGGAUAUGUGAAUGAUUAAAUGAAUGAGUGAGAAA